UGUGUGUGUGUGUGUGUGCUAGCUGUAGCUUGUGUGUCACUGAUUAUGCAAAUAAUCAUUAGACAAUUGGACCAGGAAGUUUGAAUGAGGAAGAAAGAUACCCAGCCCGUUUCUGUAGAGUUCCUCAUUCUGGGGGGGGGGCAACCCGCCUGUCAGGACCAACACCAGCGGACCAGCGGCAAGUGGGCCGGUCCGGUGGAAAACCCACACAGGAAAACCGGCGACCCGUGAGCACGUCCACGGUGGAUUAACGGCUUGCUGGCACAGCGAGAGACGUCAUGGGCUGCAUCGAGUCCGCGCUGAACCGAAGGCUGGGCGAGGCUGCUGAGGAGAAGACUGGCCAGCACACGAAUAACUGCCUGCUGCCUGGUCAGGUGUUUCAGAAGAUUGAGGAGCAAAGCAAGAUUGGCAAAACAGUGGUGGGCCUUUACCCGUAUGAAGCUGUGCACCCCGACGACCUCGGAUUCAAGAAAGGAGAAAAGAUGACAAUCCUGGAGGAGCACGGCGAAUGGUGGAAAGCAAAGCUGCUGACAUCUGACAAACAGGGCUUCAUCCCAUCCAAUUACGUUGCCCAAACAGACACCAUGGAAACGGAGCAGUGGUUUUUCAAGGACAUCACAAGAAAGGAUGCUGAGAGGCAGCUGCUGGCGCCGGCAAACAAACCCGGGGCCUUUCUUAUCAGGGAAAGUGAAACAUCAAAAGGGAGCUACUCAUUGUCCAUGCGAGAUUUGGACGUUGACGAGACAGAAUCAGUCAAACACUAUAAGAUCAGGAUGCUGGAUAACGGCGGUUUCUACAUCUCUCCAAAGAUCUCCUUCACUGAUAUCAACACCAUGAUCAAACACUAUCACAACAAAGCAGACGGCCUAUGUCGUAAACUGGACCGUCCGUGUGUGAAACCCAAAGCUCAGAAGCCGUGGGAUAAAGAUGCCUGGGAGAUUUCCAAAGAGUCCAUAAAGAUGGUGAAGAAGCUCGGAGCAGGGCAGUUUGGAGAAGUCUGGAUGGCUUACUACAACAACACAACCAAAGUAGCGGUAAAGACCCUGAAGCCAGGCACCAUGACGGUGGAAGCCUUCAUGGAGGAAGCAAACGUCAUGAAGACGCUGCAACAUGACAGGCUGGUGCGUCUCUAUGCUGUUGUGACCAAGACGCAACCCAUUUACAUCAUCACUGAAUUCAUGGCCAAUGGGAGCCUACUAGACUUCCUGAAGAGCGACGCCGGGUGCAAAUUACAACUGCCAAAGCUUAUUGAUUUCUCAGCACAGAUCUCAGAAGGCAUGGCAUACAUAGAGAAGAAGAACUAUAUCCACAGAGACCUGAGAGCAGCAAAUGUUCUCGUGUCGGAGAAUCUGUUGUGUAAAAUUGCAGAUUUUGGCCUGGCAAGAGUGAUAAGUGAUGACGAGUACACCGCCAGGGAAGGAACCAAGUUCCCCAUCAAGUGGACCGCUCCCGAGGCUAUCAACUACAGCUCCUUCACUAUCAAAUCAGAUAUGUGGUCCUUUGGCGUUCUGCUCUACGAGAUUAUCACCUUUGGUAAAAUGCCGUAUCCAGGUAUGACAAAAGCUGAGGUGAUGUCAUCGGUGCAACAUGGCUACCGGAUGCCCUGCCCCCAAAACUGCCCGUCUGAACUGUACCACAUCAUGAUGUCAUGCUGGAAGAGCAAGCCGGACGACAGGCCCACCUUCGACUACAUGCAGAGUGUCCUUGACGACUAUUAUACUUCCACGGAGGGACAGUACCAGCAUCAACCGUAGAACCUGGUGAUUGGUGACGCAAGAGGCAAACGCCAAAAAAACACCAAAUAUCCAAAUGUGUAGGAUAUUAUAUAUGUAUACAUUAAGUCACAUGUAAUUAGAUCUAAUAUUAUAUCAUACGUGUCGAGCACCCAUGCAUUGGUAAUACUCAAGUCUUCAUCAAGCACCCGUGAGUCAGUAAAACUCAAGUCUUCAAAGAGUACCAGUGAGUCAUUGACACAAGAGUAAUUGUGAGUCAGUGAAACGCGUCUUGAAAGAGUACCCAUGAGUCACUAAAAAAAGACUCUCCAUUGAGUACUCGUGAGUCAGUGAAACGCAUCUUAAAAGAGUACCCAUGAGUCACUAAAAAAAGACUCCCCAUUGAGUACUUGUGAGUCAGUGAAACGCGUCUUGAAAGAGUACCCAUGAGUCAUUAAAAAAGACUCCCCAUUGAGUACCCGUGAGUCAGUGGAACUCGAGUCUUUGUCAAGGAUCCGUUUGUCAGUGAAACUCCAGUCUUCAAAGAGUCCCCAUGAGUCAGUCAUAAUGGACUCUUCAAAGAGUACCUGCGAGUCAAAACAAGUCUUCGUUGAGCAUUUGUCAGUCAGUGAAACUUGAGUCUCCAAAGAGUACCAACGAUUCAGUGAAACUUUAACCUUCAUCAAGCACCUGUGAGUCAAACUCGAGUCUCAAAACUCGAGUCUUCCUCGAGUACCCAUGAGUCAGUAAAACUCAAGUCUUCAACGAGUACCAGUGAGUCAUUGACACAAGAGUCUUCAUUGAGUACUUGUGAGUCAUUGAAACUCGUCUUGAAAGAGUACCCAUGAGUCACUGAAAAAAGACUCCCCAUUGAGUACCCGUGAGUCACUGAAACUUGAGUUUUCAAAAAGUACCCAUGAGUCACUUGAACUUGAGUCUUUAUCAAGGACCUGUUUGUCAGUGAAACUCCAGCCUUCAAAGAGUCCUCAUGAGUCAGUCAUAAUGGAGUCUUCAAAGAGUACCCGCGACUCAAAACAAGUCUUCAUUGAGCAUUUGUCAGUCAGUGAAACUUGAGUCUCCAGAAAGUACCAAUGAGUCAGUGAAACCUUAACCUUUAUUAAGCACCCGUGAGUCAAACUCGAGUUUCAAAACUCGAUUCUUCAUCAAGUACCCGUGUGUCAGUGAAAUGAGUCUGAGCCUUCAUUGAGCACUCGUGAGUCUGAGAGUCACGGGUCGAGCGAGUGAAUUGUUCGUUUCAUGUGGAGGCUAUGAAGGGAGAGUUGAUUUGAGGCAAGGAGUCGAUUCGUUGCUUUUUCAACAGAGUACCCGUGAGUCCCGAUUCAGUGAAAACUCCUUUUGAACGAUUCCUUCAAACGCUGGUUUUGUCAUUAUCUCUUCAAGAGUAUAUCACGUGCUUCAUAUUGAAGUACUUCAGUUUCUCUAUUCAGUCUUUGUAAACCAACAUGUCCCAUUUAUUUCUACUAGCAAAGUACUUUUACAUCAUUGUUAAACCUCACCUUCAUGUUUGUGAUGAUUUGGAUAAAGUUUUCUUGACCAAUUGUUAUAUGUCCUUGUAUCUCAUGAUGCUGUAUCCUGUUGUAUUUAUCUUUUUUUAAUCUUAAUGUAAAGAUUAUAUCGUUGUUUGUAAAAUCACUGAC